AGCAGUUUUUGAUCUAGAUUCAUAGUUUCCUGUUACACUGAGUUGGAAUUUCCACACUGUAGACAUGUGAUAAGAGAUUAUGGAAUAGUUUUGACAGGUUGAGCCAGUCUGAUUGUACAGUAUCAUGGCCAGGAGGUGGACAUAUUUACAGUCACAUCACAGCAACAGAGUCUGUCUGUAAAUUUGCACUUGCAUACACAUUACUGAGGAGUUUCAUGGCAUUUGUGUAUUCAUUGCUGGUGUUAAAUAUUACUUUCUGAAAUUAUUUUAGAUAUAUCAUGUUGACAGAGGAGGACAGGUGAACUUAUUUUGUUGAGUUUGCUCAUUUUUGAUCGACUGUGAACAGCUGUCUGGUCCAGGGUUCACUACUAAUGUAAACAACAAAAAUAUUGAUCUGCAGCCAUGGGGCAGAGAGAUUCACUGACUUGUGUAAUGAUCAUGUAAAAACGUUAUAUACGGAUAUAUCUAACAUUGUUGGGGGGUUUACUAACAGCAGAGUGCCUGGCAUUCCUGAGCUUCUCCACCCCGAGGCAAAAAGAAAACCAGUAUUUCGAUACGUUGACCUGCGUGUAUGUGUUGUGUUGUUGCAGCCAUGGAUGGUGUGUUGGAAGGAGCGGCAGUGUUGUGUGUGUGCAAACUGGCCUGCAGUCUCCUCUUCCUGCCCUCAUUGGCUGCCUCCUACAGUCCCGUCAGCUUCUGCUGCUGCUGCCUCCUGGUCUUCACCGACUUCCUGGUCACAGUAUUUCUGAGUUUCAUUUGCAUCUUUGAAUCCUGGCAAACUGAGCUGACCCCACUGGGUGAUAUCAUUGCCCUGCGCUUCCUGCUUUUUCUCAGCCACACAUACGGUGUGGUGCUGCUCCUGACCACACCUCUGAUUGCAGUGGAAACUCUGACCAGACUGCUAUGGCCUCACUCUGUUGUCGCUCACAGGACAGUGAGCCAAACGGCGGGCUCUGAUGGACAACGUUAUGUUUGGGAGGUAACUGCGGAAGAAGAGGAGGAUAGUAAAGACAACAAAGACAAAGAAAAGAGGUUGUCUCGUCAUGCUGUCAGCUACCUCUGCUGCCUGUCAGUGUGGGUCCUCGUCGCCCUCGAUGUCAGGUGGCAAUGGAAGCGGGAGGAGGUGUGGACUGUUGUCUGUUUGCACACAACCAACUCCCUCAUCAGAUGUUUGCCCACCCUGUUCAGCCCCAUGUCCACCACUCUAAAUCCCUGCUGGGGUAUGGCCUUCCUCUCCCUCCUCCUGCUCCUCCUGACCACGAGCACAGGUCUGCUCAGUCGACUCUGGGCCCCUGCAAGGACACACACAGAGAAAAAUGGAGUUAACAAUAACGGCGACAGUUGCUGGCAAGACAUCGUUCCAGCACUGUCUGCGCCCUCCAAGCCUCCAAACCCUGAGCCAGCACAGUGUGUUGACCCAGGGAAAACAGAGAGCAGCUGCACCGUUCACAGAGCGUAUUCCUGGAACAGCGUGCAGAUGUCGGUGCAUCACCAUGGAGACUUUGUCCUCAACUCCCCAGAGUGUUUGUCUGCAGCGAGAGGACGACAGGAGCACGAAAGGGCAAAGAAAGGUAUACCUCUGACAUUUAUCACGGAGGAACAUGUGGACUCACAGUGCAGGAGCCAAAGUGGGUGGCGACAGUGGGCUUUUCCCUGCCCAGGGGUGAAUGUAAUGAUCGGGUUCAUGGGUGUGUUCUCCAUCUUUGUGCUGCCUCUACACCUCAGUGUGAACAUUCUUCUGAUCAGGACUAUAGAGACUCUGCUGGAGCGGUGUAUCAAAUCUUUGAUUUCAUCUGCAGCAAACACAAGCAACGCUUCCACCUCUCACAAUGAAACACUUGUAUAAAACCAGACUGGUGAGAGGCAAAAGUGGACCCUGAUUGGAGGCUAUAUGCGACACGAUCACUGGAUUAAUAUUUCAUGUGUACACAGCAAGUCAACCUGUCAACACUGACUUGAAUAGAGUGUAAAUAAGAAUUCAUGAACAGCUAUUCACAUGUGAGGAAUAAUAUGUGGAAACUGCCGAAAGGUGCAGGUUGAGGCGUGUUUGCUAGUAACUAAACCACCUGACUGAAACAGACGGCUGGAAGGCCCAUUUUUAUUGUUCAGAGCCGUAAGAUCUGCAGCGAUUUGUCAUUACACAAUGGGUUAUAGAAUGAGCCUCUCCAGCGUAAAUAUGACUAAUCCAGGGGCAAACAGUGUUUUGAAAGAAGUAAUAUGAAGUGUGCUGAUGCUGCGUCACAUAAACCCUGCAUAAAGCAAUGUAUAAAUAAAUACUGAGUGACUUGAGGGUGUA